AUGCAUACUGUGUAUGCUACGCGAACAAAAAGUAAAGGUUGUGACGCAUUUUCUUCGAUAAAUAACAGUUCAACUCUGAGAUCUCGUAUAAGCAAAAUAAAAGUGGAAGAUGAGUCCAAGUUUGAUCUGUCGAAACCUAGUGUUGAGGUCGAUCCAAAACUUUACACUAGUAAUCCACCUGGUAGGCCAUUUAGUAGGGGAGUCAAAAGAGGGCGUCUGCGACUCUCUAGAGGUCUUCCUCGGUCCAUUUGUGACACCGGAGCUAAUUCGACUAGUCAGUCGGUAGAUUUCAUAGCUAGUGGGACCACUGUCCAAAGUAGCUUCCCCAAGAAAUGUGAUUCUCCAGUACACAAUACUUCUGUUAUUGACUGUGUAGACCUGGAAAGUACAUUAAGGCCCGAUAAACCAAAUGGAGGCAGCUACAGAUCUGAUGACAACAGAUCAGACGUCAAAAAAGAAGGUAGUGAAAUUUCUGCUAAUUUACCUUUACCAACGAAACGACGACGUGGAAGACCUCCUCUUAAGCUGUGUUCUGCACUAUUUCCCAAAACCAGUGCUCCCAUAAAAUCUGAAAGCAAGGAAGUCACUCAAGAUGAAGUCCAGGAGUCAGUUUAUUUCCCUCAGGAUUCACAUCACUUAUAUCCAGAAAUCACUAAAGAACGGAGGUUUCCGAGUAUUGGUCUAGUGCGCACAUCAUGUACAGCUUCACCCUUUCAACUUCGUUUUGGUGCCACUGAUGAUGUUCUCCAAGAAGUAUUAAAUGAAGUAAAUGAGUAUGGUUUUGUAAAGUUGCCUGUCAAACGUAUAAGAAAAGGUCGUCAAAAACCUACUACCCCGCCUGGCAAGGUCGAUGAAAGUCAUUUUGUAAUGAGCUUCAAUUCUCCUUCUGUUGAAAGGAUUUUUGACUCCAUUUGCAAAGAAGACAGAUUAAAUGAUGACCUCGCUUCAAAAGAUUUAUUUUUAGCAAUGAGUGGCCUCUUGCGCCCAGGUGUUUGUGAAGUAUGGCGCAGACGACGGGAAGAUCGAAGUAAGCAAUUGAGUCGAAAUUUGAUGGGUCGUUUACGUCCUAAUCCUCGUCCACGACGAUACUCUGACAUGAUAUCUCAAAGUAGUCAUCAUUCCCAUAUUGAUGGUCUCAUCUCACUUGAUGGUAUUCACAAUAAUGAAAAAACUCGACAUCAAUCUACACGUUCGACUACUGUGUCAGCAGCGAGGUUGACUGCUGCUAAGAAGCUCAUUCGAGCCAAAUCACAUGUUCAGAGUAGCCUUCAGAUUACUCCUAUUAGGUCUCAAAGUACUGGAUAUGUAGAUAAAUUAUGUUUGGACUCAAGAGCAGCUCGGUCUGCACAUCGUACUGCUAAAAUGAAUGUUUCUAUACCAUCUAGAACUAGUCGCCAUCCGGACGUAAGUCAUCAUAUUGAUUGGAAGUUUUGUUAUGUCUCCUCAAGUAAGCAGAAUGAAGUCACGGGUCUUAGUAACAAUCUUCAGCGUCGCCAACGUCAAGCAAGUUUUACUUCAAAAGUUCGCAUGGAAAAUGUUGGUAACUUUUCACCUAUAAGGUCACUCGAUAAUAGCCCUUGUGAUCUGGAACAGGAUAUUCUGGAAGAUUCUUGUGAUAUUCGCAAAACAGACAUGGGAAACCAAAUACAACUAAAACCAGAAAGCCGGACUCAUCUUCAAAUUAGUAGUCCUAACAAUGCUGAAAGGUUCAAUUUAAAUUACAAUAAGUCCGUACAGUUAUCUGGUGAUCGGCGUCUCGAAAGACGUCGCAAUAAACGCCGUGCAAUCACAUUUCAGAGAAAGCGACCGAAUGAACGUUUCUUGACUUCCCAUAGGCAGGACGAUUGGUAUUCGGAAAAAACAUAUUUGCAUGAUGAUUCUUCUGUAUCAUCUUCAACAUCCAAAUCUGGCAUAGUAGAUGCUUACGGAAGGUCUUUUCGCCAAGCAAGGUGCUACCAUCACCGUCCUUCUAAAAUUGGGCAUUCCAGACGAACAGGAUCAAGUUACUGUUGCCAUAGCGCUUUAGAGUCUCGUUCACCACGAAAGUCAGAGCGUUCAUUAAGUUCUCGGCGCAUCCAUACAAGUUCUAAGUUUAGUAGCCGCCGAAUCGUAUUACCAGAACCCAGUCAUAGUCAUGCGUCUCGUCAUCGCAUCCCUCGACGACCAGACAGGAUGUGCCAACUCACUCUCCUCGAUCGUUUAGUUCUUGGACUAAAUUGCAGUGUGUCGCAAAAUGAUGAUGAAAUCCAUAUUAAACAACUUCAUGCAGAUGAAUUGAAUAUUCUUACACAACGUAUGAGCCGUACAGGUUUUUUUAUACAGUCUCUUGCUCUUCGACAAAAUGCUAACAACGAUGCUGAAUAUAACAUUGUCCUUACUUUCUCUUCUGAAAAUGAAGCAGGUAUAAGACGUACACGGUGUCCUAAUUCAUUGUUCCGCUCAAAGUUAGAUUCUCAUGAUAGAGCCUCAGUCUGUCGCUCUUUGUCGGUCUGCGAUCAGAAUGCCUGGAAAAAAGUCAAAAGUCACAAUCGUUCAAGGCGGAUUUCUUGUUUAGCCUCACGUCAUUCGUAUUUAUCACAUUCACGUCAUAUAAAUAAGUCCCAUCAUUAUAAAGAUCCAAGUGAUUUUUCGUUGCUUGUUGGAUAUCAGAGUGAUUCGGGUUUACUAAUUCAUCGCUCAGCAAAUUGUGUACGCGAGUCCCAUUCUGAAUGUGAGGAGUCUGGAACACACCGGUAUAAACACUUUGAAAAAUUAAGUGUCAGCAGGAAAAUCAGUCAUCAUGUUCUGUAUAAUGCUGAUAGUAAGCCAGGACAUUGCUAUUCUGUUCUCAGACCCCUUGAUAAAGCUUCACUUCAGCAUCUGCAAGUCAACUCGUUUUCUGGCUCGACUAGGAUAGAAACUCAUCGCUCUUGCCUACCACUCGAAUUUAACUAUAUAACUGGUAAUACAGAUGUACAUAAACGCUCAACAAUCUCGUCUCGCGUUUCAUCAGCGAAGGACGACGAACACAUUGUGACUUCUGAAGAGUCGUCGGCUAUUCAUAUCAGUAACUGUUCAAAUAUUAAUUCAAGUAAUUCCAGUCAUGGAACUUCUAAACGUGAAGCUAGCAUUUAUAUUAUUGGUACCGUUCAAAACCUGCCGUUUCGCCGUCAUAGUCCGCGUAAAGUUAUUCGCAAGGUUUAUACUGGUAGUCUCACCAUACCGAAAAUACUUAAUCGCAAAAGAAUUCCUGCUGUACCUACUAAUUCACUGGGCGGUCCGGGUGUUAGCAUGACAGUUACGUCUACCAAUUCUCUGACGAAUACUUUGGCGACUAAUUCUAUCGUUAGCGCUGUUUCAUGUUCGACAUCAAGCAGUUCAGUUGGCCUGAACUCAUGUGCUGCAACCCUUCUUUUCCAUGACGCUCAGUCGGUACCCAUUUAUUCUGCAGCAACUCAACUCAGACGCUUACAAGCUACUGCAACAUCGUUAAGCAUCGUGCAAAAUCCUGUAUCAACUAUUGAGCAGUCAAAAAUAAACGUUCCUCCUUUAGCUGUUGUACCUUCAGUUAUAACUGAUCCACAGACUGUAACCAAAGUAAACAUGCAGGAUUCCGAUAUCACAGCUACACGUCAUGACGCUCUUGAUCAACCGGAGGCAAGUGCAUCAAUUGAAACUACUAAUCACGAAGAUAUACCUACAGAAUACCUGUCAGGGUCUGUGACUGUCGGACGUGUUACCAGUGAAAAUUACUGUGAACAGAAUAUCUCAAAAGCAAAUCCAGCUGAUGCUAAUGAUUACAUUACUAAAACGUCGGAAAAUGAAGUGGAUGUAAAAGAUUUCUUGUCAGAUGUGAUUUCUAGUGAAACUGAUAUGAAAAGUUUGAAUCAUGUAAUCACAUCCGGUACGGAUAUGUGCCCUUUAGGUAGCACUCCAUACAACGUAGUCAGUGCUGCCAGUUCAUAUACUUUUGCUGCCGCAAAUUCAAUCAACGAUGAAGAAGCUAUUUUAGGUAUGGAUGAUUCCCAAACACCAGCUACGUCACUUAGUGCAAGUCAACUGCUCAAAUUGAAACGUCUUCAUGAUGAAGUUGGGCGACCGAUUCAACGAAGAGACUCCAAAUCUCCUCGCUGCACUUCUCACACACCAUCACAGGUCCAGUCUCCCAUAUAUCUACCUGCUCGUUCUCAAAAUCAGUCGCAAUCACUCGAAUCAGAAGCAAUUGUCACACGGUGCCCACAAACUUCCCAGCUUCAACAAUCUCAGCAGCCCAUUCAAUGCACCUCGUCAGUAUUGUCAAACACCUCUGGGCUUAACUCCGAAUUUCGACCAUUCCCCGUGCAUUUAAAUCAAGACCCUGCUCAUAAAAGUAACCCAAAACUUGAAAUAGAUGAUGAUGACGAUGAUGAUAUGGAAGAUUUCGAGCUCAAAAACGUUACGAAAAUGUAUGAACCCUCUGUUGCUACUUCAUUUCAGUCUUCUUCUGUACCGUCUCAUAAGUUAACUUCAAAUCGUUUUUUCGAUAACAGCGCCUUAUCUAGUGUACCAACAACUAUAUCUUCAGAACUAGAAGGUCUUCCUUUUAUGAGUGCUCACUACCCUACAGUAAUGAGAGCACCUUGCGUAAAUUGGCCAAUUGGACGUCCUAUUUUUAAUCCAUCACUUACUGGCAGCUUGAGGUUGCCAUCACAAUGUUUUAAUCCUUUAGCACCUGCUACAGUUCGUUGUUUUACGGAAGCAGACCAAAAUACAGGUAGUCGUAUUGUUGGUCAAGGUCUUUCUACACCGCGAGCGUCAACGAAUGAAAGUGUUGGUGAUCACUUUUUACUGUCAGGCAAACCCUUCAUUUCCUCUUCCAUAUCUCCUACUUUUUCUGGUUCGGGUGGAAUCCCUAUUAUGACCACUGUCCAAUCCUCUACAAAUGCUUCUGUAUGCUCAGGGCCGCCUAAAAGAACAGUUGUCCACAAGUAUCACUCUUUUAGGAAAAUUUUACCGAAAUCAGAUAGACCAGUCAUGCUUCCGACUGCACCAGGAUUCGGCAUGUCUCCAUUCAGUGUGAACACCGCACCACUAGGUAGAUUUUCAGUACCCAGUGGCAGUUUUGGCAUGUGUAGACCUGGUUCACUUGGGGCUAAUACUGUUUUACCUUGCGAAGUAACCACUAGCAGAACUUAUAUCAUGGACAUCGGCACAUCAAACCUAACUGAUGAUAGUUCAUCGAUUCCAAUUCGACACAAUUUGUGUGCUACUUCUUUAGCGCUUGCUAACUCAAACCAGUCAAUAUUAGCGACUAAUCCAGCAUCUCAGUUACUUAAAAGCCUGCUCGAACGUGACGAUUCACGCUCUGUCACAGGUGUUGUUACAACAUUUGCUGCAGAAAAUAAUUUGUUGUUUUCUAUGUCUACUGUUGUUAGCACUUCAAGCUCCACUUCUGGAAGUGGGACUCCACUUUGGAAUCAGCCGGCUCAUCAGAGUCGUGGAACAUGGCAACUAGGUAAACGAGCUGUCAGUAGUUCCAACCAUCGCUCUCCUUCAGAUAGUGUAUCUCUCAAAAUAUCUCAGUCUGUUUUCCCUACUUCAUCCAACUCUCAGCCUCACUCCUCUCCGAAUUCAUCAAAUCCCCCACCUAUUCUCCCACCAACUUUACGUUUAACACCAGGACCUACUUCUCGAUUACAACAGCUUCAACAACAUUAUCAACGACAACAAGAGGCUCAAAGACGCUUCGAACAGGAUUCAUUAAGUAAACUAGGUGUUGCAGACAGUGUAUAAACAUAGGCCGUAGGUAAGCCUGUUGUAACUAGUUUUACCCAAUCAUAUAUUUACCGUUUACCUUUUUUAGCGAUAAUUUUCCUUAAAAGCGUAAAUUCCUACAUCCUUAAGUAAAAAACUGCCACUAUACGUUUCUUUGAAGUUGAAGCAUUGAUAUUUUAAGUAGAAUUCAUAAUCACAGUCUACUCUAUGCAUAUCUGGAUGUUAUCAGCUAUUGGCAAGAUAUGAAUUGCCCAAUAGCAGUACAUGAACCUGUUUUUCACUAGCUUUAUUUGAUUUUAUGGGAUGUUUAAAACCUUCAUUUAUUUUCAGGUUACAUAAAGUGUCAGCAGUGAGGGUAUUGGGCUAUAGGUUAAUUGUGUUAAGCUAAUUACUAUUUAAUAUCCAAAUGUGGUAACAUCGGUUGGGGAUUCUCACUAGUUGAAUUAGAGAUAGUGACUCUGUAUGGCCACGUUAUCCUCUUUUUAUUACGUUAUAACGCAGUAUCACAGUUUCCAAAGUUUCAUAAGGAAAUAAAUAAAGAAAAAGGUACCAUUAACUCUAGUGAUGUUCUAAACAUUUUCUAAUUUAUCUGUCUUCUAUCACCUAUCUGUCACAGAUAACCAUUAUUGUAAAUGUUAGUUUGCUGUUAAAGGUAUGUAGCAGCAUAUCAUAAGAACACCAUAUAAAAUCUGGAAUACAUCUUUUAUAACUUCUCAUUAUUCAAUUCGAUAUCAAGGUGACUAGUUUUUUCACGUUUUAAGAAUUACAUCAUCUAAUCAUCUACCAAUUCUAUUAUAAUUUCGUUUAAUUACCUAUUCAUUGUCAAAGAAACGUAAAUGCUAUAUUGCUUUCGAAGUAUAUUAUUCUACACCCUGUAGAUAGAAAAUCCGACUCCAUCUUUCUUCAAAAUUGACACUGUUCAAUGAACUGUUUUGUUUCAUCAGUACUUUUCCGUCCAUCAGAAUUAUCAUUUCAAAUAUAUUUCCCUAUGUUGUUUUGUUUACAUGAUGAUCCUACUAUUUUACAUAAUUUUUUUCACGCUUUCUUGUACUUUGUUUUACAACAGUUCGCCUUCUCUUGUCGUUCGUAUUAAUACUAAAAAGAAAUGAAAAUAUUUAACUCAUGCUUGUUAACUUAAUCUGUAAAAUUGUUUGCCGCAUACACUGUAACUCACGUGUCAUUCCUUGUACACUAUAUUUCCACAACCUGGCAGCAACAACGGCUACUUUUCAGAUGUUUUUUUUUUCUUUCUCCUUCUGGAUUCACAUCAUGGUGUAAAUAUGAUCUAAUAAAUAAUUACGUAUAUUUCAUAACUACGACUAUUAAUAAUCUAUUAAAAAUAUAUUUCUGCAUACGUUAUAGAUAAUUGAAAGUUGUGACUAUGUUUCUAGCAAUUCUACUUGUUAAUUAUUAAUGUGUAAUCUGAAUAUAUAUGUAUGUAAUUCAUUCAGUCACAUUGUGAACGUGUAUUUGAUUGGAAAUUUUACCUGUUGAUCCACCUUCUCUCUUCUCAUUCAUACAGAGUUCACAUCAAUGCAUUCUAUUUCAUAUUUAAAUAAAUUUUAUUCGUAUAUUUUUUAUUGUUCAGAAUAUUUAGACUGAAACAACAUACAUAGAUACAUAAUCCCAAAUAGUCCCUUUUCUAAUUCAUAAAAUUUACGUAAUUUCCAUCUUGGUGAGAUUUUUAACUCUCGCAAACAAAGCCUACAAACUCAACAUGAUAUAUAUAACGAAGUUUCUAUUUUCACUUGUGAUGUUUCUUCGUAAUUGUUUCACCAUUAUUUUCCUUAGCUUCAUGAUGUCAUAAUUGUCUUUUUCCUUAAAAGUAAACGUAUGUGAGAGCUUUAACUAUUGAAUCUUUCCUUUUAAACUACAAUACCACUAUUCAUUUAAUUAGUGAUAUUGUAGACAGCGACUGGUGUGAGAGUGUUAUAUGUGUUCGAUCUAUUUGGUCAUUUAUGUCAUAAUUAUUCAGUUAUAUUUAGAUAGUGAGUAACUAUACUGGAUUCAUUUUUCUCUUGUUUGCUCAACGUCUGAUGAGCUUUGUUUUUUAUUUUCAAAGCCAAGUGGAAACUUGUAAUUAUAAUAUUAAUGUAAAAAUCACAUAAAGUUAUGUUAAUAAUCACACUUACUUGUCAAACA